CGCGACCGUAAAGAGGCACCGCCGUGUCGUGAACGGGGCCGCGACACGCAGGGAGCUGGUUGACGGCCGCAACUCCAUUUUGUUCGCCGCUUCUCUGCUCCAGACGCCGAGACCGGUUCCGGAGGCGCGGCGAGGAUGCGGCCCUUGGACGUCGUCGAGCUGGCGGAGCCGGAGGAGGUGGAAGUGCUGGAGCCCGAGGAGGACUUCGAGCAGUUCCUGCUGCCCGUCAUCAACGAGAUGCGGGAGGACAUCGCGGCGCUGACGCGGGAGCACGGGCGCGCGUACCUGCGGAACCGCAGCAAGCUGUGGGAGAUGGACAAUAUGCUCAUCCAGAUCAAGACGCAGGUGGAGGCCUCGGAGGAGAGCGCCCUGAACCACCUGCAGAGCGACGGCGGCGACGGCCGGGCGGCCAAGAGGGGCGAGAAGGCCGAGGAGAAGGCCAAGGAGAUCGCGAAGAUGGCAGAGAUGCUGGUGGAGCUGGUCCGGCGGAUAGAGAAAAGCGAGUCGUCCUGAGCGAGGGUCGGCGGUUUACGGCCAGUGGAUUCGGUCCGCUGGCGGAGACCGGCUGCCGCCCUGGAGAAGCCGAACCCGGAGAGCCUUCCGUUUCCUCCCUCGUUUUCUCUGUGCUCUGUCCUCAUUUACACUACGUUUCUGCUGUGGUCUGCGGGUGAUGACCUCAAUGCGAGUUGUGCCUGUCCGGUGUCGCGUCUGGGGAGCGGAGCCCAGACCGGGAGUCCCGCAGCCGCCCCCUUUGCUCUGGGCUCUGGUGGUCCCCAGAUGUUGAGGUGCUCUGCCCUUUCUUGUGCGACCUGAUAGCUCCCUGGAACUGUGUGAUACGUGAGACUCAGAGCUGGGGUCCCCGGCUCUGGAGGUGCUGACGGAGCUGCCUGACUUCAGAAGACGACUCUGCAGCAAGCAGCGGCCGAAGAAGCCGACGGAGGGGCCAGACUGCGCCCGGGAGCGGGACUGGGCCGGCCUGGCUGGGACGCCUGGCCCAGACGGCGGCUGAAGAUGGCGGCAUCUGUAUUUCGGGACUUGAAGUUUUUCUGCGUGAGACCAAAGGAGGAGAGAUGUAUUUUGUUCAGAGUUUAAACUUGACGCGGCACGCUGUCUGAUGUACCCGGUCUGGUCAGUUCGUCUGCAGGGCCUCGCGCAGCUUGUCUGACCUGGAGCAGGAGGCGGGGUCGGGCCACUCCGCACGCCGCGGGGUGACGCCCGGUGCGCUGCGGAGGGCAGAGCGGAGGAGGUGCUGCAGAGGCCCCGAGGGGCGCGGAAGGCGAGCCGGGGCUGCCUGCACUGGACCCUGACGGGCACGGGACGGGGCGUCUUUAAGGUUCAUACGUCGUCUGGCUCUAGGUUCGGUUGAGUAGCAGACCUAACGAGUAUUUGAGGUCAAAACCCUACCAUGUGUUUAAGAAAUUUACCAUGUUAAUAAAAGUAUUCAUUUGCUUGAAAAGACAAA